AUGCUUAUCUGGCAGGGUCUUGGCGCGAUGAUUGGAAGCUCACAGACGGUCCUCAGAAGCAUAGAGAAUGUCUUCGCGCCGAUCCCCGAGUCCAAGACCAGCCAGUGGGAGAAAGUCAUGAUCGAUAUAAUCACCGUGGGCGCCCUGGGAAGUGCCGCGCCUUUCUUCAACAGAGCCCUCAAAUCACUCCCAGCCUUUUCCAAGAGCACCACGUUCGACGACACAAAAGACAAUGCUUUGAUGCUUAUCGGACAGGGCACUACCCUCGCGAAGGAUCUGUUGGUGUCUGGCGAGGGAAGAAACGAGUGA